GUUUUUUGCGCCGUUGACAACGUGAUACGCCGGGCGUUUAACGUCGACCACUGAUUCCUUAGAAUCUAGUUGGGAUGUUUUCCUAGAGGGCGCAACACGUCGGCGCAGAACGUGUUGCGUUGACGCGGUUGGCCCCACUGCUCGAGGAGGAGUCAACAACGCAGUACGCUGACGCAAUUGCCUUGGAUUCCAGUGUUUUGUGCAUUCAAGUUUCGAGUUGUGAGGUUUUCAAGAUGUCCCAAAGCGCAUCAGCGAGGUUUUCGGCAGACGAGGACGAAUUGUUAAUUGAGUUCGUCCAAAAGGAAGAUAUGUUAUAUGACCUUAAACAUAAAGAAUUUAAAAACUCGACGAAGAAAGACCUGUUGUGGAAUGAAAUAGGGAGAAGAUUGGAAAAAGAAGGGAGUGAGUGCAAGAAACGGUGGAAAAGUAUGAGGGACCACUACAAAAGGGAGAAAAAAGAAGAAAAAGGUACAACAGGGAAAGCUGCUAAGAAGAAAAGAGCUCAGUACUGGCAACGGUUGCAGUUUUUAGACACUGUGGAGGAUGAAAGAACGAGUUUUACAAAUGUUGUUACCACAUCUGACGUUGGAGCAUCAUCUGAAACUCCACAACAAGGCAUUCCAGAAGAGUAUGAGGAGGAUGCUUCAAUGGAACAUAGGUCCCAGGAAUUAUCUCCGCAUACAUCAUCUCAGCAUACUGAACAGACAAAUACAACCCCAUCCCAACAUGAAAAAAGGUCUGAACUUGAAUUUCACUGUCGAAAUCCGAAACAAAGGAAAGACAGUUCUGUUCUCCAAAAAUAUUUGCAGGAAAGAAAGGAAGACAGGAACCAUUUAAAGAGAUGUCUUGAAGGUCUUAUGACAUACCCAGGACCUCCGCAAAAUGAAACUGAAAUUGAUAUGUUCUUCAAAACAAUGGCCGCAACUGUUAAAAAAUUCCGACCAGAUCUUGCCACCCAGACUAAAGCGAGUGUUUUCAAAAUAUUCAACGAUAUGGAAGUGCUGAACCAGCGACUGUCUAUCCCUGGUGACAGUGGAUUCACAGAUAUUCAGUAUGAUAACAACCAAUUGAGACCGUCACCCUCCUCAACAUUCUCACCCUGGUCCACUCCACAUUCAUCUCACACACAAGCUUCGGACCCCUACUCCAAUAUCGUUUCUCAGGCCUUCCAAACGGCCUUAGUAGGCACAGAGAACAAUGAAUAAUUCAGUUUUUGUACUCAUGUUUGAUUGAAUAGUUUUGUGUUUGAUUGAGAAGGCUACUCCCUUUUGUACUCGUUUUCUACUAAGUAAUUACUUUGUUCUUCUAUUUUAAGUAUUAUAUUGUUACUUUUCUUUCUCGUACCGUAUUACUUUUCUUUCCCAUGGUACUUGAUGUUAGGUAUAAGUUUCAUAAAAAUCGUAUGACUAGUUCAUUUUUUUCGAUUUUUUUUUGGGUUUGUGAUACUAUGAAAAAUAGUUUCCAGAUUUUUUCUUUUAACUCAAGGUUAAGUUUGGUUUUACUUUACUAAUUUUUUUUUAAAAGAAUCUGGUAAAAAUACUUAUAUUUUUUGACUCAACUUGUCAGUCUAAAAAUCGGACUACUACGUCAAAAGUCAAUUGUUUGCUACAAUAAUAAUGUAGUAGAAAUAAACAAAUAUUUCCGGCUUACCUUAGUGUGACUGCCAAUUUUUCAGCGGUUGUUAUAGGUUCCUCCACUCGGUUGUAGGAAGAAGUAGUCAAGUCGUCAUUAAUGAGGUUCAAAAUGUCGAAAAAUCUUCCUCUGGGCAGUCUUAAGUAUCUUUGGAAUUUCUCUUCAUCAUCAAGAAGAUGAUUCUUGACUAAACUGCUGAACAUUCCUUCACUCCUGCGGUUUGAGAAUACAUCACUCACACUUUCCCUUACUUUUGCAUAUUUUGUUAAUACGAACUCUUCUUCUUCAUCACCAUCUAUUAUUUCUUUAAUUAUGAAAGCAGCCAUUACAUUUCUCUUUCUCACCAUGUUCUCCAUUUCAGCAGUUUCACUUAAAUGUUUCACAUACAAACACCCAACCUUCAACACGAUUCUACGCCAACUGAACAGAUAAAACACGGCGCUAGGAAAACACUUUUACGCUGCGUAAUACAUUUCACGCUUUAGUCGACGUU